AUGAGCAAGUUGGAUCGUAAAUUUGAAGUACAGACGAAGGGCGAAAUGGCUGUCGUAGUAUCCAAAGGCGUGAAAUAUAUACGGCUGGGCAACCUGUCUGAGGGUCCUGCAGGUUCUGCUCAGGGAGUCGAGGUCGUUCCUGAAUAUGACUGGGCUGUGAGGGAUAUCCAGUCCUUCAGGAUCGGGAUCACAUCCGGCGUUCACCUGUACCGUGUGCACGCUGGAGAUCCAGGGACAGGUGGGGUCCUUGUGGAGAAUCUAUCCAGCCCACGCCUCAAGUCUUAUGGUGUGGCCAAAGCUGUGUCCGGCGUCCUUCCGAACAACCAGAACCAAGAACUUGAGCCCAACAUGUUCCAAUGGGGAGCCUUCCCUGGCAAAGAAAAUUUAGAGUUUUUCGAACAGCUCCCAAUUGAGCUUUGGUUGUGUAUUCUUGACUACCUAUGCCCUCACUGCCUCGCCAGUCUAGCGCACACGCCCGGCAUCUCAUCAGUCGAGGAUCACAAUCUGAUAGCGAAGCCGCUGCUGUUGAAGUCGAGAGGCGAUCUCCUAUCUAUCAAUCUGACAUGCCAAUUCUUUCGAAGUCUCGCCCAGAAGUACCUUUUUUACUGCUUCGACAGAGAAACAGAUAACAUCUUCUCUCGUUUUCGCCGCUCUGUGGAGCCAGCAGGCGGCCGACCAGACCUCUCUGGAGCAGUCAAAGAAAUGACUGUGUCGUCAAACCCCGACCGAAGAGGAAUCCUGGAGCAUCUACCACAUAUUCGCACACUCAAAUUCAGGAUUGACCACGGCGACGGACAAUGGACGGACGAUUACCGAGGACAAGACGUUCUUUUCGGCAACAACACCCUCGCGGACAAAUUACAACGCCUCCAAAAGCUCAUCCUGCUUCCAACAGAGAUGCAUCGAUCGGUCCAUAUCUCUAGGGGACGGCUAUGGCUCGAAGCGUUGAUGAAGGCUGGACCUGAGCUGCAAAGCCUGAGCAUUCGCCGAUUCGUCGACUUUUCUCACGAUGCUGACGGCCUCAUCAUCCCUGCCUCAAACAAUUCUCCAAAGUAUUUGAAGUUGCCGGAGAACAAGGUUACUAAAUUAGAGUUGUGGAGAUCAUGGUUCCGCUAUAAUUCGCUGAAGGACUUCCUGUCCAACUUCCAGGCCUUACGGGAAUUCAGACUCGCAGACAUGGAUUACCUCAAUGGUAGAAUUGUUGAUGAUGAUAUGGUGCGGCCGGUUGAUGGCUAUGAUGUUGUCAGACUGCUCAAACCUCUCAAACGGCACCUCCAGGUAUUGGAACUGAGCUUUGAUGGGUUUCCAGCGCUCGAGUCCGGCUUAGCGACUUUUCGCCCGAUAAAAUCUUUAGGUGCUUUCACAAUGCUGAAAAGUGUCCGACUGAGCCAGAAUAGUAUUGGUAUGCCACCUAAUGUGGACUACGACCUCGUCGAUACUAUGACAGAUGAACAAUAUUCUCUAAACAAGGAAGCUGAGAUUGCAGCUACAAAGACUGUCCUCAUAGAUCUCCUGCCCUGUAAGUCACUGGAGUUUCUACAGAUCGACGAAUUCGAGGACUACUUCGAGGAUGCAGUACUCGAAUUCGCUCGGUGUGUGAGCCUCAAGGAAUAUCCUUACCUCAAGCAUGUGAGACUAGUUGGGGUUAAUUACUAUGAUUCGCUCGCUGCGGUGUCGGAAAUUGAAAGAGACCUGGGACCAUACCAUAAUAUGAAGAGCUUGGUUCCGCCUGAAUACUGGGAUGAAACAGAAGCUAGGCUGGCCUUAGUGGACGCUGAAUUGGAGUACGAGGCUCGGGAAUUCUUUCGGAAAGCUGAGGUGCGGUUUGAGACAUUGGAGCUGAAUUGGCCAGCAGAAAUGGAUGAUAAUUUUGAUGUCGUCACAUGGAUGACAACGUACCCCCAACUCGUUGAUACCAUGCGCUUCAUCGCGAACGCAGUUUAUGUUUCUCUGGAGCUUUCUUUGGGGCCUCAUGUGCUUAACAGCAAUAAGGCGCUUGCAUUCAUGGGCAGAUCCAAAUGUCGUGAUCAAGUUCAAAUGCGCAGCUGGGACUUCUCGACUCUACAGGUCUCUAGCAUGGAUAUGCACUGCAUGAACUGUAUCUAUAUCCUCUUGAGACGUAUUCCUAGGCUGAAUCCUGUCCUGUCCCUAUCUCGGGCUAUCAUUAAGUCGAGGCAGCGCUGUUUCGACUCAGGCCUCGUGGCAACGGGUGCCAAGCUCCAAGCCGUCGUCUCACUUCGGCAAUUCGUACUCGGCAGCUUUGCCUCGACGUGGCAUGGAGCAGCUGGCCUGGAACGAAGCAUAUCCCCGCACAAGGUUGCAUCUGCGGAAUCGAGCACGGAUUUCCCGACGGAUCCACAGGUUGACGGGUCAGGCCUAUCGAGCCUGUCUUGCUCGAACCUUGGAAUCGUUUCCCGAAUCGAAGCCCCCAAUUCGAAGCCCCUGGACCCUGGACCUACCCCAGGCCCCGUCGGUUAA